AUGCCAUAUGCCAAUCAACCACAUGUUGUGAUUACGGCCUUAAAUGACGAGAUCGUAAGAUUCGUGCUAGAAGACACUGAUUUAAGCGUUGCUAAUUCGUUAAGACGAAUUUUUAUGGCAGAAGUGCCGACUAUGGCAAUCGAUUGGGUGCAAAUUGAAUCGAAUACCAGUGUUUUGCAUGAUGAAUUCAUUGCACAUCGUCUUGGUUUAAUACCUUUGACAUCAGAUUCAAUAGUAGAUCAAAUGCAGUAUUCACGGGACUGUCAAUGUACUGAAUUUUGUCAAUUUUGUGCAGUGGAGUUACGGCUUCGGGUCCGUUGUGAUGAUGAAGGAAUUCGAGCAGUAACAACUGCAGACCUUGAAACUAGCAAUCCAGAUGUAGCUCCAGCAUGUGGUGUACACGUACGAAAUCGAAAUGUUGACGAAAGUGCUAGUGAUGACAUUCUCAUCGUUAAACUGAGAAAAGGUCAAGACGUUGAUAUGAAAUGUAUUGCGAAAAAGGGAUUUGGUAAAGAGCAUGCAAAAUGGAAUCCAACGUGUUGUGUAGCGUUUGAAUACGAUCCAGACAAUGCUCUUAGGCACACAGUCUUAGCAAAACCAGAAGAAUGGCCAAAAAGUGAAUAUUCUCAAUUAGAGGAUGAUGAAUAUGAAGCACCUUUUGAUCCUAUGGCUAAGCCUAAUAAAUUUUGGUUUACAGUUGAGUCAACUGGAGCUUUGAAGGCGGAAAACAUAAUUCUUAGUGGGAUAUCUGUUUUAAAAAAAAAAUUGGCGGACUUGCAAAAUCAACUGCAGAGGGAGUUGCUGCAGCAAGGACAUGUUUAUCAUUAA